AUGCUUUAAAAUAUUCUUUUUUAGGAUAACCUUUAAAUUGUAAUAAAAAUUGUAGCCUUCAAUUUAAAGGAACUGAAACUACAUCAUUAAUUUUAAAUAGACCAUAAGUAUGGAAUUAUUAUUGGAAUUGGAAAUACAGGAUUGUUUCUUGAUGGUCAAGAGACCAAUGCAUACUUAUCAAGUGAUGGAGGUUAUAAUUAGUAGGAAAUAUUGAAUAGAAUACAUAUAAAUGAAAGCGGAAAUAAUGGGACUCAUCAUUUUUGUUGAAUCCUCUACUAAAGUUGCUAAAUUUACUCAAGAUGAAGUUUAACUUUUUAAGAAAUUAAAUUAAAUACAUAAUAUUUCUGGUUUGUUUUCAAAUUUUGAUAAAAAAAGAACUAUAUAUAACUUUAGAUUGAUUAUAUAGUAACUGAACUAUCUAAUUAAAAAUAAAAGUUCUUAAUCUAUGGUAAAAUCAAAUAAGCAGAUAAUCCUUAUGAAAAUUUCCUACUUUAAAAGAUGCAUUUUCAUUAUUAUUAAUGGAAAAAAAGAAAGAUUUUUAUUGAAAAAUUGA